AUAUAGGCGGGGUCUCCCCGCUACAGGGGCUGGGAUGGUGGGGGCUGCUGAAGCCGCCAUCUUGGAUUCCGCGGUAGCGGAGGCGGCGGUCAGGCGCCGCUUCUGGGGAGUGGCCUUUCUCUUCCCCUCCCUCCCUGUUCGGUGGCGGCGGCUCCUCCCACUCGGGGGGGGGGGGUGGCGCGGCGGCGGUGGCAUCUACGGCCAUGGCGGCGACUACUGCCAACCCCGAAAUGACAUCAGAUGUACCAUCACUGGGUCCAGCCAUUGCCUCUGGAAACCCUGGACCUGGAAGUCAAGGUGGAGGAGCCAUUGUCCAGAGGGCUAUUAAGCGGCGAUCAGGGCUGGAUUUUGAUGAUGAUGGAGAAGGGAACAGUAAAUUUUUGAGGUGUGAUGAUGAUCAGAUGUCUAACGAUAAGGAGCGGUUUGCCAGGUCGGAUGAUGAGCAGAGCUCUGCGGAUAAAGAGAGACUUGCCAGGGAAAAUCACAGUGAAAUUGAACGGCGGCGACGGAACAAGAUGACAGCCUACAUCACAGAACUGUCAGAUAUGGUACCCACCUGUAGUGCCCUGGCUCGAAAACCAGACAAGCUAACCAUCUUACGCAUGGCAGUUUCUCACAUGAAGUCCUUGCGGGGAACUGGCAACACAUCCACUGAUGGCUCCUAUAAGCCGUCUUUCCUCACUGAUCAGGAACUGAAACAUUUGAUCUUGGAGGCAGCAGAUGGCUUUCUGUUUAUUGUCUCAUGUGAGACAGGCAGGGUGGUGUAUGUCUCUGACUCCGUGACUCCUGUUUUGAACCAGCCACAGUCCGAAUGGUUUGGCAGCACACUCUAUGAUCAGGUGCACCCAGAUGAUGUGGAUAAACUUCGUGAGCAGCUUUCCACUUCAGAAAAUGCCCUGACAGACUGCUCUUCACAUCCUCCUUCAGGGCGUAUCCUGGAUCUAAAGACUGGAACAGUGAAAAAGGAAGGUCAGCAGUCUUCCAUGAGAAUGUGUAUGGGCUCAAGGAGAUCGUUUAUUUGCCGAAUGAGGUGUGGCAGUAGCGCUGUGGACCCAGUUUCUGUGAAUAGGCUGAGCUUUGUAAGGAACAGAUGCAGGAAUGGACUUGGCUCUGUAAAGGAUGGGGAACCUCACUUCGUGGUGGUCCACUGCACAGGCUACAUCAAAGCCUGGCCCCCAGCAGGUGUUUCCCUCCCAGAUGAUGACCCAGAGGCUGGCCAGGGAAGCAAGUUUUGCCUAGUGGCCAUUGGCAGAUUGCAGGUAACUAGUUCUCCCAGCUGUACAGACAUGAGUAAUGUUUGUCAACCAACAGAGUUCAUCUCCCGACACAACAUUGAGGGGAUCUUCACUUUUGUGGAUCACCGCUGUGUGGCUACUGUUGGCUACCAGCCACAGGAACUCUUAGGAAAGAAUAUUGUAGAAUUCUGUCAUCCUGAAGACCAGCAGCUUCUAAGAGACAGCUUCCAACAGGUGGUGAAAUUAAAAGGCCAAGUGCUGUCUGUCAUGUUCCGGUUCCGGUGUAAGAACCAAGAAUGGCUCUGGAUGAGAACCAGCUCCUUUACUUUCCAGAACCCUUACUCAGAUGAAAUUGAGUACAUCAUCUGUACCAACACCAAUGUGAAGAACUCUAGCCAAGAACCACGGCCUACACUCUCCAACACAAUCCAGAGGCCACAACUAGGUCCCACAGCUAAUUUACCCCUGGAGAUGGGCUCAGGACAGCUGGCACCCAGGCAGCAGCAACAGCAAACAGAAUUGGACAUGGUACCAGGAAGAGAUGGACUGGCCAGCUACAAUCAUUCCCAGGUGGUUCAGCCUGUGACAACCACAGGACCAGAACACAGCAAGCCCGUUGAGAAGUCAGAUGGUUUAUUUGCCCAGGAUAGAGAUCCAAGAUUUUCAGAAAUCUAUCACAACAUCAGUGCGGAUCAGAGUAAAGGCAUCUCCUCCAGCACUGUCCCUGCCACCCAACAGCUAUUCUCCCAGGGCAACACAUUCCCUCCUACCCCCCGGCCGGCAGAGAAUUUCAGGAAUAGUGGCCUAGCCCCUCCUGUAACCAUUGUCCAGCCAUCAGCUUCUGCAGGACAGAUGUUGGCCCAGAUUUCCCGCCACUCCAACCCCACCCAAGGAGCAGCCCCAACUUGGACCCCUACCACCCGCUCAGGCUUUUCUGCCCAGCAGGUGGCUACCCAGGCUACUGCUAAGACUCGUACUUCCCAGUUUGGUGUGGGCAGCUUUCAGACUCCAUCCUCCUUCAGCUCCAUGUCCCUCCCUGGUGCCCCAACUGCAUCGCCUGGUGCUGCUGCCUACCCUAGUCUCACCAAUCGUGGAUCUAACUUUGCUCCUGAGACUGGACAGACUGCAGGACAAUUCCAGACACGGACAGCAGAGGGUGUGGGUGUCUGGCCACAAUGGCAGGGCCAGCAGCCUCAUCAUCGUUCAAGUUCUAGUGAGCAACACGUUCAACAACCGUCAGCACAGCAACCUGGCCAGCCUGAGGUCUUCCAGGAGAUGCUGUCCAUGCUGGGAGAUCAGAGCAACAGCUACAACAAUGAAGAAUUCCCUGAUCUAACUAUGUUUCCCUCCUUUUCAGAAUAGAACUAUUGGGGUGAGGAUAAGGGGUGGGGGAGAAAAAAUCACUGUUUGUUUUUAAAAAGCAAAUCUUUCUGUAAACAGAAUAAAAGUUCCUCUCCCUUCCCUUCCCUCACCCCUGACAUGGACCCCCUUUCCCUUCUGGCUGUUCCCCUGCUCUGUUGCCUCUCUAAGGUAACAUUUGUAGAAGAAAUGGAAUGAAUCUCCAAGGCUCUUAGGACUCCCUGAAAAUUUGAGGCUGGGUGAAGUUAAAACACCUUUCCUUAUGUCUCCUGACCUGAAAUUGUAUAGUGUUGAUUUGUGCUAAGAUCAAGAGUCAGGUUAGAAGAACCUGACAUCCACUGUUUGCCUUGGAUAGUAUGGCUUGUUUUUGGAAAGAAAUUCUGAAGAGAGUGGAGGAGAGGAGAAAUGUCCUCAUAUAUGAGGACCAUGAAACAUGGUAGGUGUAUAUGGGGCUUUAGCAAGUGAGCAUAGGCUCUUUUUGCUGCCUGUGAGCAAUCCCUCUGGAAAGAAACGUGAGUAAGUGAGAGAGUGUGUAUGUGUGUGUACGUGUAUGUGUGUGUGUGUGCACGUGCACGUGCGUCUGUAUUUCAGUCUUUCUCCUAUUAGGGAGUUAUGCAAAAUUUGUCCCCGAUUUUACCUUUGUCUUUCUGUGUACUUUUCAAAGAGUCCUAAGGAGUUAAAUCUUCCAGGUAUUUUCCACUUAGUAUUGCAGCCAAAGAAUAUUUAAAUAAAUGUCUUUGCUGCGCUUGCAUCCAUGCCCAGCCAAUAUACACCUGUAAAGCAAAUAUAGAAAGUCGGCUGUUGAUACAGUUGUCUGUUAUCAAACACAUUCAGUGAUAAAGCUGAGUUACUCCUGCUUUUGGUGCUCUCACCUUAUCUGGAAGAUCUGCAAACAUUACCUAAAUAGGCUGGCAAGAUAAACACUUUCUGGAACCUGAGACUUGGCCAUAAAGAUAAUGCUGCAUUUUUCUGUCAGAAUCACAUAUGAUGUGUGUUCUGUAGAGGUUAUUUCUUCAUGGAAACUCAACUUCUUGGAUUAGCCGUCCCAGUGAAAAUCCUCAUUGUUGGAGUGUAAACCAAAUACGAAGCCCUCUUGCAAAGUAGCCUCUUUCAUCCCAUACUCAAAAUACCCAGUUUAGCAAGAAACGGAGAUUUAAGUCUCUCUGGCCCUAAGAGGUUUUUCCUCUUUGCUCCCUCCAAUCUUGAGAUUGGGUUUUGCUUCAGAGUGCAAGUAUCAUAAUUCCAUAUGAUAGAUGGGGCCUGGACACCCUUCUCAGCAGGGUCACUUGGUAAUUAACAAUAGCCAUAUAAAUGCGGAUACAGGUUACUACCCUCACCCUUUACCUUCCUCAGGUAACAGUUGUAGAUACCAGCUUUUUUUUUUUUUUAAUUGGCUUUGGCCAGUAGCUAAAGUGCAAGACUGAAUUAAUGAGAUAUACUAAAUGUAGUCAUAGGGGACUGAGGAGCAAGGAUGGCCUUGAAGAGGCCAAAAGAAUGUCCAUUUGCUGGGUUUCCCUUUCUUAUGUCUCCAAUCUGGUGCCAGGUAGUGGAGUAAAAAAGGAGACAGUUUAUUUUUUUAUUCUAUGUGCACACUUACAGUAUACAUAUAUAUUUAUAUCACAGUUUAUGAAACCAAAAAGUUGAGUUUCCAAUGGAACCCGUGUUUUUUAAUAAUCGACUGUUUUUAAAUGUGAUCAGGACUAUAAUAUUGUACAGUUAUAGGGCUUUUGGGGAAGGGGAGGAUAGCGAGAAGAUGCUCUGGGGGUUUUGUUUUUGCUUUUCCUUCAGGGUUUUAUUUUUGAUUGUUUUGUUUUCUUGUUGGCCAUUUCUGUAUUGCUGGCAUCUGUGCUAAGCUUUACAGUGGCAAAAAUAAUGACAUGUAGCAAAGAUUUUCAAACAAAUUAUUUUUUCCUUUUGUAAAAUUUCUUGUGUUGUGUGAUCUUGAUUGCGGCUUUAUCAUUCCUUUCCAGUUAAUGAACAACAGGCACCCACAACUAGAGGAAUCUAUAGUUUAAGCUCCAGACAUACAAACAUAAGGCACAUUGUGUCUUUAAUUUCAGGAAUCAGAAAUCAUAGGGUUCUGAUCACAUUGCACGCCUCCCCCUCACUUGUCCUCCUGAUCCUGACACAUUCUGAGUAACAUCAGCAGGAAUGCUCUGACCAUGAGGUGGGGGUUUUGGGGUGGGUGUUGCCCGGGUUCUUGGGAGAGAGGGGAAGAAUUGGGACUUGAAAACCACUAGGGCACAUCUGGAUGCCUUCCCCCAGUAUGUCCUUUUCUGGAUUAAAAUGAGUGAAAUUUAAA